AUGAGUAGCGGGUUACCAGCUAGCUGGUUUACACCACAACUUCCCGCCCGCGGAGGAACAGGCCACCAAGAACGGGAGAGGCUGAAUCAGGAGCAUCGGGAGAGAAUUUCUAGAAUUUCACAGAACGAGCAUGCGCUGAGAGACGCUUUUCAGUUACGGGGAGAGGAAUGGGCCAAUGUUCCCAAUCCAAUGGCCUCAAGCCGCGAAACGCAUAGGUUCACUACCAGAACUUCCGACACUCCGUCAGUCAUUGGAGACGGGGGCGCGACGCAUGGUGACCUUAAGGCCGUCUCUGAGGGCGCCAGCUCGGAAGAAGACGUACAGAUGUCUGGAACAGAGGAGGCGCUCAAUGCUAGACUCAUUCAAAAAUUCGAAGAGCAGGCUCAAGGAAAGUUGAAUGAAUGUAUCAAAGUGAUCGAGGGGAGGAGAGACGUGUUGCUUCACUCCUUUGAGUCAGAUAACACAUUACUUCAGCAGCUACAGAGCGGAAAUCGGGAGGCUACAGACCCUGACUUUAUCUCCAGUAUAAAUAGGCUGCAGAGAAUCCGAUUGCGUGCGAUUGAGAUGGAAACGUUACAACUACAAAGAGUUAAGCUAUACUUCAAAUCCAGGUUGUCAGAGUUCAAAGUCCUUGUUCGCAACCACAUGCUGGCUAAAGCAAAUGGCGAACACACCGAAAACCCUUUAAAGGUUUGCAAGAAUAUGUUCAAAGAUUUGAAUCCGCAUUUGGCUUCAGGCAUGAAACUGGCCUUGGCAAGCAAAAAUGAUGAGCCAGGCCAGGUAAGUUUAAUGAGCUUAAAGGAUCGUCUUCCGCACGCUCUGUAUCAAGCGCCUGCUGCCUCCAAGAAAUUCCCACUGAGGCAUUUGCCCUCCGAGAUUUUAGGUCUUGUUCUCGACAGACUCUCUCAAAAGGCGGAGAUAGUUAAGCUAUUGUCAGUCUGCAAGUCAUGGGCCGAAAUAAUAGUCAAGUUGCUAUACUACAGGCCCCAUAUCAACAAGAAGUCUCAACUCGAUCUCUUUAUGAACACAAUGAGGAAGCCAGCCAGUGAAACAGUUUUUAAUUACCGGGCUAUGAUCAAAAGACUCAAUUUCUCAUUCGUUGGCGAUUACAUGACCGAUGAGCAGCUAAUUCUUUUUGUUGGCUGCCCUAAUCUUGAAAGGCUGACACUCGUCUUUUGCAAACAUAUUACGAGCUCCUCUAUAUCUGCGGUUCUACACGGUUGCAAAUACCUUCAAAGCGUUGACAUAACAGGCAUAAAAGAGGUAUCUGAUAGUAUUUUCAAUACCCUGGCUUUCCAAUGUCAACGAGUGCAAGGCUUUUACGUUCCACAAGCAAGGGAUGUAUCCUUCGCUGCAUUGCAUACUUUUGUUACACAUGCUCCACUGCUGAAGAGGGUCAAGAUAACUGCAAACGUUAACAUGAAUGACGAUCUUGUCUCACUUUUGGCUACGUUAUGUCCGCUUCUUGUUGAAGUGGAUAUAACAUCCUCACCAAAUGUUCAUGACGAAAGCCUCGUUAGGCUUUUUUGUCAACUAACGCAGCUUCGCGAGUUCAGAAUAACUCAUAAUUCCAAUAUCACAGAUAAGCUUAUGAAGGGACUGUCUCAAACUGUCAACCAUCUGCCCGCCUUAAGAUUGGUGGAUUUGUGUGAUUGUGAAAACAUUACCGACAAAAGCGUUGAAUUACUGGUCUCGCUUGCCCCAAAACUUAGAAAUGUGUUUCUGGGAAAGUGCAGCAGAAUUACGGACAAUUCUUUAGUUCAUCUCUCUCGCUUAGGCAAGAACCUACAGACUAUUCAUUUUGGACAUUGCUUUAACUUAACGGAUAAUGGUGUGAGGGUGCUUAUUCAGUCGUGUCCUAGAAUUCAAUACGUGGACUUCGCUUGCUGCACAAAUUUGACAAACCGCACGCUUUACGAACUAGCUGACUUGACGAAGCUGAAAAGAAUAGGCCUAGUGAAGUGCUCACAAAUGACAGACGAAGGUCUACUAAACAUGAUGGCGCUUCGUGGGCGAAACGAUACACUCGAGAGGGUCCAUCUUUCUUACUGCUCAAAUCUCACAAUUUACCCCAUUUAUGAGCUAUUAAUGGCUUGUCCAAAAUUGUCGCAUCUCUCGCUUACAGCUGUGCCCUCAUUUUUACGCUCUGACAUUACCGCUUUCUGUCGAGCAGCUCCAUCAGACUUCAGCGAGAACCAGAGGCAAAUUUUUUGUGUCUUUUCAGGGAAGGGUGUACACAAGUUAAGACACUAUUUGAUGAGUUUGACUGCACCAACGAAUGGCCCUCAAAGUAACGUUCGAGAGGUUUUGACAAAUUUUAUUGUGCUGAAAAACCUUAUCAAAGAUGGUGAAGAUCUCGAAGCGGGAUUACGAAGGGUCGCUAAUGAACUCAAUCAAGAAACCCCUGCAAUCUUAGCAGCAACGCAGAGUCUCACCCCACUUAAUGCGUUGAACAACAAUGAUUUUGCUUUCCAGAAUAUAAAUUUCGAGCGACUGGACGACGUGUUUUUCUCUUUGCAACGUGUGCCACAAGAUAGGAUUUUGAAUGAACAGGAUGUUGAUAGGCUCUUCCCAUUGAUUGAUGAGGGGUUCUGUGAAGAUCCAGAUUCAGAACAGUUUGCAGGCAGAGACGGAUGUGUGGCACCGGAGGCAUCAGAGGAUUUGAAUUGUGAGCUUGCCCAAAUGGUUCGUAAAUUUCACGAUUUGCAGGAACGGGUAUGCGACUUUGAGGUUAAUGUCGCCAGCAUGGUGAGGGUUCAGUUUCAAUUUGCUGGUGCAUUGCUCAAUGAAAUGACGCAUAUUUACUUCCAGAUGGUUGACCUCAAUCGUUGUAUCUCGCAAAUUCAAACUAGAGUUUACGACAUGGGAGACGAAAAGAACCUGAAAGGACUAACAAUUUGGCGCAUCAUAUGGCAAGAAAAAUUUGAGCACAUGCUAGAAAAAUAUGAACUUACUACGGUUGUUUUGAGACUUUAUCUUAGAGAUAAUGUCGCGGCACUUACAAGGCAACGCGAGCUGUUCCUAGCCAGACAAAGGGCAACUCUCGAAGCUUCAGAUAGACAGGAAAGAGACCCUGAGUCCCCACUUCCGCAAACUGACAUCGUUGCAUGGAAUUCCGAUCCUGAUGACAGAGGCAAUCCUUGGAGAAGAUUUGAGGUUCCCAACGAAAUGCGGCUAAUACAGUUUGGAUUGCGUGGCAUCCCAGUACCUUCUAACGAGCUCCCAUCAGUCCAAACUUUUUUUCCAAACAACAUAGGUCCUGCUGACACUUCGCCGGAUGAAGAUGAAUAUCUAGAGGACGCGUAA